AUGCCAGCAACCAAGCCCCAGGACCAGUCCGUCAGCAACCAGCCCCAGGACCAGGUCCUCCAGCAUACUCGCCCCAGAAAGGUCUCGUCAGGCAACCAGCGCCAAGGACCAGCCCGUCAGCAAACAGCCCAGGACCAGAGCCCGUCACCCGUAACACAGUCCCCAGGACAGGCCACGCUACGCCAGGACCGCCCUCCAGAACCCCAGGACCCAUCCGUCAGCAAACCUCAGCCCAGACCAGUCCGUCAGCAACCGGCCCCAGGACCAGCCCGUCAGCAACCAGCCCCAGGCACCAGUUGCCCGUCAGCAACCAGCCCAAGGACCAGCCGUCAGCAACCAGCCACAGGGACAGCCGUCAGCAACCAGACCAGGACGACAACCACAGCCUCAGGACCAAUCCUCAGCAACCAGCCUCAGGACAGUCGCGUCAAACGCCAGUUAGCCAAGCACAGCCCCAGGACCAGUCGGCUUCAGCAACCAGCCCAGACCAGUCCGUGCAGCAACUGCCCCAGGACCAGUCGCCAGCAACCUUCUAGGCCCCAGAGACCGAGGCUACGCGUCAGCAACAGCCCCAGGAAGCCGCAAACCAGCAUCCCGUCAGCAACCAGCACCCAGCACCAGUCCGUUCCCAACACCAGCCCCGAAGGACGCAGUCCCGUCAGCAACCAGACCCCAGGACCUAUCUGUUCAGCAUAA